AAAGAGAAGCCGCGCUCGGCCAAUCGCCGUGUCCCGUGGUUCCGUCGUCGAUGAGACGGUCGUCGCGCGACGUAACCUCAGUCUCUUGGCUUACGUGGAAACGCGCCUGUUGGGCGAUACGAGUAAAAUCGAGCUAACGACAGUCUCCAGACAAUAUUGUCGGACCUCGCUCGCUGAUCUUUCUAUAGAUACGUGCGUAGGUACGUAUGUACUUGUCGCGUGUGCGUGCGUGCGUCGUGUGAAGUGGCAGCAAGCACGCGAAUCACGUCAGAUCGCCACGGACAUCCGCCGAACGGACGGACAGAUGCACGUACGUACGAUACGCACAUGAGGAGCGAUACCAACGAUACAGGAGCUGUCGCAUUGAUACGGCUUAUUGUUGAAGGAAGAGCGAAAGAGCGAGAGAGAGAGAAAAAGAGAGAGAGAAGGAUAGGACGAGGGGAGAGACGAAGAGCAAGCGUUUCACCGUGAGAAGAAGAGAGAGGAAGCGCGUCACAGUUCUCUCGGGGAGAAAGGAGCCUCUCCAUUGAAUCUCCUCACGCCUCCCCUCCGACACACAGUGCACAAAGUGUCGAAGGCACGUCGCCGCGCGAUUCGACCGAAUUUCGCGGCCUGUAAGUGCGUGCGGGACGGGCGCGAGAGAAAGAAAAAGAGAGAAACACACCAGAGGAGGAUACGCACACCGAGGCAGCUCGCGCGAGGGGAAAGGACGCCGGAGGAAAACUCGACGGGCGUGCGACAGAGACGGGGGAUCGGGCCGAUCGAGUGGGAGAGAUACGGAUGUCGUAGGAGCAAGAGAGAUAGCGUCGGAGCGAGACGAACGAACAGCGACUCGGCGGAGAAAGCGUAACAGACCUAUACCUCGCCGAGCGACGAGGAGAAGGGGAUAGACGGGAUAUAGGCGCAUGAGUGUAUGAAAGAGACAGACACGAACGACGUGGUGGGAGCGAGGCGCAGUCACGAGGGGGAUAGAGGCACAACCCGAGCGGUGCUGCCGCCUAUUGGCAACGUCGCGUCGGCUCCCCACCCGGGCCCAGUGCCGAGCAGUGUCGAGCGGGGUACGAGAGCGAGUUCUGACAGUGUGAUUUUGCUUCGGGACGUCGUCAUCGCGCAGUGCCGAGGACGUUCGUGAUAUUCGUACGUACGCGGUGUACGCGUCCACCCGUCGUACUGUCCACGCGUGAUCAAGAGACACCUCGCACGAGUGACUUUGUAUUUUUUCUUACUCGUUUCAUCCUAGCAAUUCGUACACACGUCUCUCUCUCGGGACACUCCGCAGUGUGUAUAUGUUCAUGUGUGCCUGUGUAUAUGUGCGCACCUCUUUUUCUUUCUCUCCGUUAAAUCGAGAGAAUUGAGAGUGCCAACGUUGUCGGCCGUCGCACGGUCCCACACCGCAUCGCACCGUAGCCGUCAUCGAUUUCCCACGCGCCGCGCUUACUCGCGCCGCUCUCGGUGAGGGAAUCGCGGAGGGUGAAAUAUAGUAGAUUCCUCGGUGAGGAGACACGGCAACGCCGCUCGUGGUGGCGGCGGUGGUAACAGCCAGCAGCAGCAGCGGCGGCGGCGGCAGCAGCAGCGGCGGCGGCGGCGGCGGCGGCGGUAGCAACGGGACGGUGGACGACACGGCGCUUUGCGGAGCAGCGGCAGCAGGCGGCGCUAGUGCUGCGCUCCUACGGCCGUCGAUCGAAGCCUGCGUUAUCGCAAUGGCUUCCGUGAAAGACACAGCGACUUUCUUCGCGGAGGGUACCGCGGCGCAAUUCGAACACGUUCUCAAACUUUACCCGCAAGCGUUGCGCCUGAAAGCCGACCGAAAGACGAAAAAGCCUGAGGAGCUGAUCAAGUUGGACAACUGGUACCAGAAUGAGCUUCCGAAGAAGAUAAAGUCGCGCGGCAAGGACGCGCAUCUUAAUCACGAGGAGCUGGUGCAGACGAUGAAAUGGAAACAAAUACGCGGGAAGUUCUAUCCACAGCUGUCGUAUCUGGUGAAGGUGAACACACCGCGUGCCGUAAUGGCGGAGACGAAGAAAGCGUUCAAGAAGCUUCCGAAUCUCGAACAGGCGAUCACUGCCCUCUCGAAUCUGAAGGGUGUCGGUACCACGAUGGCGUCGGCUUUGCUCGCUGCGGCGUCGCCAGAGAACGCGCCCUUUAUGGCGGACGAGUGCCUGAUGGCGAUACCAGAGAUUGAGGGUAUCGAUUACACUACUAAGGAAUACCUUAACUUCGUUCAUCACAUUCAGAACACCGUGGAGAGGCUGAACAAACAAACAUCAAACGGCAAAACAUGGAGCCCACAUAGAGUUGAGCUGGCGCUAUGGACGCACUACAUAGCAUCAGAGCUCAAGCCAGAGUUGUUAGAUGGUAUCCCGGGCUCGACAGAGAAUGGCAACUCGCACAGCGGCAAUUCGCACGGCGCUUCGCUCGGCACCUCGCACAGUAACGGCGAGGCGACGGAGCCGUCGGAUGACAGCAAUCAAGAGACGAUGGCGAAUGGCAAGGAGACGCCGGCCGCGGUCGCGGGCAUGCUCGAUCCAGCAGCGAUCGACGAGAAUAGCACUACGACAUCCUUCACCGAGGACUCGAUGGACAAGCCAGCGACGCCGAUCACUGCCGGGGAUGCCGUGGUCGCCAGCGAGGACACCAACGACUCCUUAAUCACCAACGAUGACGACAGCAACAAUACGCCGCGGCCGACCGACAGUGAAGAUACCACCGACGAUUCGCAGGACGCGCGGGAGCCUCCCUCUAAGAAGAGCAAGAAGUGACCCGAUCGGCUCGCAACGAGCAACAACAGCGUUAGCACUUUUGUGCCCCCCCGAAGUCUGUCGAUCAUCGCGGCGCGUCGUCGAUUUUGAAUCUGGACGGACAGACAGACGGAUGAA